UAACGUGUCACAGCAGCUACUGCAAGCCUUAUGACACUUAGCUGGGGUAAUCAUUACUCAAACUUGUUAGCCUUAGACGUGUUGGUCCCACAUUACCCUAGAGAAUGUUUGUGACUCAUGCUGUGGAAGUCUAGGUGUGGGAUUUGGGACCUCCUAAGUGUCUGUACAAUCUGAUGCUUUAUGGAGCUCCGCUGUAAGGUGUAGGACAUGGAUGAUGUGGAGUUUGGCUGGGUAUGUGGUUUGUUUGGUUUGGAAAUUUUUUGGUUAUUUGGCUUUGAGUUUUUUAAAAUAAGAUUUUGAAGGGAGGUAGAGGAAGGUAUGCUAUGUUUCUAGAGUCCUGUUUGGCAGUGUUCCACAUUAGCAGAGAUACAAAGAGUCUGUAAUAGUGAAUGGCUUGUUCAGUUAUAGCUGAAUUCAUCUAGUCUCUUUCACGCUGAGAAAUUACCUGGUUGUAAUUUGUAUGUUGUAUCUGUGCCAGAGGCCAAAAUGUUAGCAGGGAAGGACGUGUAUUGGGAGAAGCAGUGGAAAAAUUACAAUGAGUCAACAAGGUUGAAUUUAGGACUCCUCACAAGGGAAGCCUCGUUUAUUAAGCAACUUGAACUCUCCCUGUGAGCUCAUACGUGGAAAACAGGUUGAGCCAUGUGGGAGGGUGUUGCCCAGUGGAAUUUGUAGAUAAGGAUGCUUUAUACCUGCGUGUGCCCGAGAGGCCAGUUACAUUCUGCGGCUUCCAGAGGGAACGAGCCUCCAGAGGAGUACAGUUAUUCCAUUUUUCUUGUGGUGAGUUUAUUGAAAAGAGCUUUUGUUUCUUCCUCUCCUCCCUAUGCCUCCCUUCAAAUCUCAGAUUCCCAAACUCUGAGGUGUGAUAUGUGUGGUUUUCUUCACCAACAGAGCCAGGUAACACUACUGAGACCGCAAUGGCAUGGUGGAAGGCCUGGAGUGAAGCAGAGGGCAGGUCUGUGGCAGGUACUUUACAUUUUAAUGCUGCACCUGAUGCUCAGACUCUGUACAACGCCAUGAAAGGGCUGGGGACUGAUGAACAAGCUAUAAUUGAUGUCCUAACCAAGAGGAGCAAUGUGCAGCGUCAAGAGAUUGCCAAAUCCUUCAAAGCACAGUUUGGAAAGGAUCUGAUUGAAAGCCUGAAGUCUGAAUUGAGUGGCAACUUUGAGAGGCUCAUUGUAGCUCUCAUGUACCCCCCAUUCAAGUAUGAUGCCAAGGAGCUGUAUGAUGCCAUGAAGGGCGUGGGAACAAGAGAAAGUGUUAUCAUAGAGAUCCUGGCAUCUCGGACAAAAGCACAGAUCAAGGAGAUAAUCAAGGCGUACAAAGAAGCAUACGGUUCUGAUCUGGAGCAAGACAUAAAAUCAGAAACGAGCGGCUACUUGGAGCAGAUUCUGGUUUGCCUUCUUCAGGGUGAGAGGGACAAUGCCACCCUCUAUGUGGACACAGCCCUGGCUCUUCAGGAUGCAGAGGCUCUCUAUGCUGCUGGAGAGAAGAUUCGGGGCACUGAUGAGAUCCAGUUCAUCACCAUCCUGUGCAAAAGGAGUGCCACACACCUAAUGAAAGUGUUUGAAGAAUACCAGAAGCUGGCUGGUAAGAGCAUAGAAGACUCUAUCAAGAGUGAAACUCGUGGUUCACUUGAGGAUGCCAUGCUCGCUAUUGUGAAAUGCACCAGGAACAUCCGUUGCUACUUUGCAGAGAGGCUGUACAAUGCUUUAAAGGGGGCUGGCACCGAUGAUGGGACUCUGAUAAGGGUGCUUGUUUCUCGAAGUGAAGUUGACCUAAAUCUUAUCAAGCCUGAAUUCCAGCGCAUUGCAGGAAAGCCUCUCUCCACUAUGAUUUCGGAGGAUACCAGCGGCGAUUACAAGACAGCCUUGAUGAAUCUCUGUGGCAGUGACUGACAGACUCUAGGAGGAAGAUGCUGAAAAGGAUACAGAGAGAAGAUUAACAGUGAACAAGGCUCUGAAAAUGUACUUGUAGAAAAUCUUUCCAUUGAUCCAAGUGGGGGUGAAAAGAAGAUCAAAUUAAUGGCUGAGAUUUCCAAAGCUCUCUGAGGGAUGUGGAUGCCCAUUACACACUGAAUGUUAUCCACUUCCCAAGCACAGGGGGGAAUGUUAAUUUCUUGUUUCCAUUUUCUUCUUUGAAGUUUUCCUUGUAUUUUAACCCAUGGUGAAGGAUGGCACUUGACAUGGAAUUAAAGGUUCUUUUAAAUCCUC